AUGAAGGCUGCUUUUUCCAAGGCCGGAGCUGCGGCUCUGCUUGCGACUACGACAAAUGCACAGCUCUAUCCCAACCAAAGUCCCCUAAACCACACAUGCCAGCUACAAGAGCCAUUGCUGUCUUGCCCUUCGCAAGACCCGUCCAUUGUCGAUUCCUGCUGUGUCGAGACUUUUGGUGGACUUGUGCUAAGCACCCAAUUCUGGAACACGUACACCGGUCGCGAGUCUGAAGGCCAACUCUUGCCCACCGACACAUGGACCCUCCAUGGUCUAUGGCCGGACUUCUGUAACGGUAGUUAUACGCAAUACUGCGACUUGAGCCGCCAAUACGAUCCUAUCCCCAGCCCGAACACCACCAACAGUCUACCAAAUGGAACAUUUGUUCCCCCGUAUAACGGCUCCAACAUCGGCACCUUCCUCGAGCCGUUUGGUCGCUACGACCUACUCGAAUACAUGAACACUUACUGGAUCGCAUGGCAGCAAGACAAUCCAGGUUUCUGGGGCCACGAGUUCUCCAAGCACGCAACCUGCUUUUCUACCUUCAACGUUCCCUGCUACGGUCCGCAGUACCGCGAGCACGAAGAUGUUGUUGACUUUUUCGAGACGGCUAUCAAGUACUACAAGAGGUUCCCGACUUUCGAUUGGCUUGCCGCCAAGGAUAUCACACCCUCAAACUCAACCACCUACUCUUACUCCGAUCUCGUCGACGUGCUGCAUGAGCAGCAUGGCGGCAUUCCCUUCUUGGGUUGCUCUGGUCCUAGGUACAAUGCGACAGAGGCUGGAAAGAACACGACUGACAGGGGUUACACUAUCCUGAGCGAGGUUUGGUACUACGAGCAUGUCUAUGGUCGCCCCCAGGAAGGCAACGCUAUUCCUGUAAAUGCUUCCGCUAGCUACCUCACCAACUGCGCUACCACAGAAGGCGCAAUUCACUACCCAGAGAGGACUAACGGGUCAGAGAAGGCUCCUGUAGUUCCGUUCUAA